AGUCAUCUUUUCUUGUGCAACCUUGUUCAUCAAAGUAUCAUCAGCAAGUGUUUUUAACUUAACGAGUUUUUUGACUGUACCAGUGUUUUUAACCAUUUUCAUUGACCAUUGAGAUUCUCCUUUCGUCCAUCUUCCUUUUAGUGUGUUAUCAUCUCCGACAUGGAUAAAGACAUUUCCGAAAUUACCAAUAAAUGGAGAUAUUUGAAUCAAGGGCAAAUGAAAAAAGAUACAGAUGAAAAAAUUGGCCCUUACCUUGACAAGUACUUCAUGAAAUACAAAGAAACAAUUUAUACAAGUGCUCUAUCAUUGUUCAAAGCUUUGGAUAGCCGCAGUUUAAGAAAGUCGUAUAAACACGAACCUAUCAGUAUUCAAGCCUUAAAACGCUUCAAAGAUUUUAUGGAUAGAAACCAAGCAAUGAUUGAUGAAACGUUAAGGGAAGAGAAAGUAAUUUUGGCGGCGUGUCAGUUCGCUAUCGAUAGAGAAAGUGAAACUUGGAUCAACACAAUCUGUAAAUAUUAUCAUGUGGAAAGUUUACCUAAGGCGGAUAGGAUUCGUUUGCUUCAGAAAACGCUUGAUGAGAAAAAGUUUUCAUCUGCAGCAUGGUUUGGUAUCCAUGCUAAGGUUAUUCGUGAAUUUAAUAUAGAAGACAUUUGUGUCCCUUUGAUAUGCCAAACUAAAAUCAAUGUGGUGGAGCAAUUGAUGAGACAAGAUCCAGCAAUCGCUCAGGAUGUUGCUGCAUGUAUCGAUAAAUACGUUGAUAAUGCAGGAGAGUUGGCGUAUUUUGCUCGAGAUAUUCCUGGCGCUAAUUUUGUCAUGGUUAAUAAUAAAUCAAUCAAUAAAUUGGCUAAACGUUUGGCUAGAGAAUAUAAAAUUCCAAUACAACUUUGCCCAAAAACAGAUUACAAUGCUAAAAUUACCGCAAUUAAAUUCCUCUUCAAACGAAAGUACGAAGAACAUCAACCUAUGGACAAAAGGACUUGGGAAACAAUGAUAGAUUCAGUGUUUGACCUGGAUAAUCCAGCAUUAGAGGACAGCAAUCUUGUACUGGAGCUGAUUUAUGAUCUUACAAACUAUGAACAAUACGAGGAAGCUAGACGUUUGGCUCAUUUACAUCGUAUACCAGAAAACGAGUGGCCAGAGUCACUAUUAAGUAACCGUUCUAAACCUGACAAACAUUAUCCCAGUCUUGAUAGUAAAAGUUUUAUCUUGGAUUGGGAUGCAGAAGGUGUUGAAGUUGAAGCUGAAAACUUUGAAUAUGAUUUGCCAGAGGAUAAAAUCUUUCUUAUCGAUAGUCAUGAGAAAUUUAAAGAAAUGAACUCCUAUAUUACUAACAAACGUCCAUUAUUAGCUAUCGAUACGGAAUGGAAACCGAACCUGGGCUUACUCACUGAAGGAAAAACAAAAGUAGCUUUAGUACAAAUCGCCUGUGAAGAUCGGAUUUUUGUGGUCGAUGCAGUUAAACUAAGUUGUGAUAGUGAAUGGGCCACCUUUGUCAAUUCGAUCAUCAAUAAUCCUACUCUACUAAAAAUAGGAUUCUCGCUCCAGAACGAUAUGCUAGCUAUUUCUGAAUUGAUGGCUGACAUGAAUAUCGAAACUAAACCAGAAAGUUUUAUUGAUUAUGCGGAAUUUCACAAUUCACUCGUGCAAGCAUUCAAAAUACCUUUACCUGAAUAUCCUGUUUCAACUAAAGGCUUAUCCAAGCUAUCUUAUACAGUUUUAGGGAAAUGUCUCGUCAAAGAGGACCAAUACACCAAUUGGGAAAUGAGACCUCUCACUGCUGAUAAAAUUGCUUAUGCCGCAACCGAUGCAUUCGUUUUGCUGAAAAUUCACGAAAAACUUGAAAGCUGGUGCCAAGAAAGAGCAAUUAACUACGAAGUUUUAAUGAAAGCACUCCUGAAAAAGGACUCGACGAAAAACAAAGUUAACGUUAAAUAAAUAAAUUAUUUUUGAGAAAGCAUAAAGAUGUUAAAAUAAGCGAACCAAAAACAAUUUAGACAAGACAAUAAAGAUAAUUUUAGCGAUUGUGAAUAUUUAUUUUAUUU